UUUAUCGAGCAACAUAGGUGUCAUAAUUCGAUAUGAAUUAUUGUGAAAUUAAAAACUUCAAUUGAGUUUGGUCUUUUUUUUGUAUAAAAAUGGAUGAAAAUGAUAAACCUGAAGCAUCAACUUCAAAAUUACAAUCGAUUCCAAUCGAUUGGCAAUUGUUAUCUUCAAAAUUAAAAUUUGUUCCAAAAGAUCAGUCAUAUUGUUGCGAAAGUCUCACAAUAUCCUCGCCAAAAGAUGACACAAAUCGAUACAUUUACGUUCCAUUUAAAUAUUUGAAUGCGAUAAAACGUUCCCAAACGAAUUUGGUUGGUGCACUUUUAUCUAUGAUUUUUAUCACGUGUCUUCUAGCUUCGAUAAUUUAUUUUAUGUCAUUAGAACAAGAUGAUUACUCGGUUGGUAAAAUAGACACGUCGUAUAAAUAUAUUCGUGACAGCAGUAAGGAAAAUCAAAUUUCCGAUUUCGAAUUUAAAGACAUUAACGAGGACACGUUAAAAAUGUUAUAUUCCUUUUUUCCUGACGAUCAAAUUAAAAAUCGUUCGAAACGUGAAACUAACGUAUCGUUGAAAAGUUGUCGAGAAACAGCUAAUAAUUGCGAUACGAUGUUGGAAUCGAUAAACAAAUUUAUAGAAAUUCUCUCUAAGAGCGAACAAUUUUCGAUACCAUUGUUACAAAAUUUAGGUUUCGAUAUAAGCGAUACAGAAACUAGAAAUUCUAAGCUUUUAGAGAUAAUAAAAUGUUUGGAAUGUAAAAAAGUGGUAACUGAAAAUGACGAGGAUAAUUCGAUGAGCGAUGAAGACAACGAUUCGUAUUUACAAAAUGACGAAUAUAAGAAUUUUCAAACCGUUAUUAAUUUAUUAGAAGGUAAAAACGAUGUAAUGGAAGAAUAUGAUAAUUUACAAUCAAUGGAUGUGGAUGGAAAAAAGGAAAUCGAUUUAACCAUAAUGAUGAAUAUAGUACCAGAACCUAUAAUAAAAUCAUCUUUUGUUCAAAGUAAAAGAGAUAAUUUAGGUCAAACGAGUGAUGAUUUUUUAACGACGCUUACCAACAAACCAACGGAUAAAAUUAACGACGACGUAUCAAAGAAUUAUGAAACUAAAUUAUCAUCGUCGAAUCAAGUUGAUGCAAAGUCAAAUUAUAAUUGGAUGCCAUAUCCCACAUGUUUUUAUGGACUACCACCAUCACCCCAAUCCGAUAUAAAUUUACCUAAUUUUCCAGCAUCCUAUUCGCCAAUCCCAUAUCCCCCAAUUCCACAACAACCUUGGUUUUCUUCUCAAAAUCAGAAAUCAUCGUCAAAUCGAUUACUACCAAAUUAUUUACAAAUUCAAGCACAAAAUGUUCAAGUUCUUCAUCCACCUAAUAACAUUAUUCCUUGGUUAUCGGUACCAAAUUCGAAAAGUUCCUUGACUGAAUCUGGUAAAACUUUACCAUAUUAUUGCAUGUACGUUCCACCACCCCCAUCAUCUCAACCCCAGAAUAUUGGAGAUGUUUCAGACUUAAAGAAUAUAGGAAAGAGUGCAGUAAAUAAAAAUAAAAUUGAACAUCAAAGAUCUUGUCCUGCUAAUACGUAUUUAUGCGUUCCAAGUAAUGAAUGUUUUUUGAAUUUUACAUUCUGUGACGGUCAAGUUGAUUGUUCUGACGGUAGCGAUGAGAAAUAUUGUAAUUGUACGGAUAGAAUAAUGAAAGAUCGAUUAUGCGAUGGAUAUGUCGAUUGUCCUCACGGUGAAGAUGAAAUGAAUUGCUCUGAGUGUCCAAAAGAUUACUUCAGUUGUUAUAAUUUCGAAUACGGAAAUAUGUUGUCAAGAUGUAUACCAAUUGAUAAACGUUGCGAUGGAUCUAAAAAUUGUUUAAAUGGAAAAGACGAAGAGGAUUGUAAUUUAUUAUUACCAACAUAUACCAAUAAUAUGAAUAUUACCUUAGUAAGCUAUACCGAAGGCUAUUUACAUAAAAAUUACAAAGGCACAUGGUAUCCCGUUGUAUCGGAAGAAAUGUCAUUAGCUGAAGAAGCUUGUAAGAAUGAAUUAAAGUUGAAAAACAUUGAUAAACCGGAACUUGAAAUCAGGAAUGUUAAUUAUAAUGAGUAUCCAGGAACCUUUUGGAUAAUGAUAAAUAACAAAGUUAAAAUAAUUAAUUCUGCUACGAGCACAAUAUACGUUAAAUGUCCACCUUAUUCUUGCGAUGCAACACAAGAUAAUCAAUCCUAUCUUUCUGGACAAUAUAGAACGAAAAACAACGUUGAUAUCGAACAAAAUAAAUUAUCAACGAAUAGGACAGAAUCAAUGGAAGAAAAUACGAUUUUAGGUAUUAUUGGUGGUCGUACCAGUGCACCAGAAGCUUGGCCUUAUUUGAUUGCCAUGUACAAAGACGGCAAUUUUCAUUGUGGUGGUGUUAUCUUAAACGAAUAUUGGAUAUUAACUGCUGCUCAUUGUCUCGUUCAGGCUAAACAUUAUUACGAAAUACAGGCUGGCAUAUUACGACGUUUGUCAUUUUCACCAAUGACGCAAAAUAGAAUCGCUAAGAAUAUUGUUAUACAUCCGAAUUAUGAUCCUAAUCUAAUGAAAAAUGAUGUUGGAUUGGUAAUGUUAGAUACUCCAUUACGUUUUAAUCGAUGGGUACGACCCGCUUGUCUUCCGGAAGAAAAAAUAUCAGGUUCAAUUUGGAACCAAGCACCAUCAGUUGAUACUAUGUGUGUGGUAUUGGGUUGGGGUGCUUUGAUAGAACAGGGUCCUGAUACUGAUCAAUUGAGAGAAGUUAGAGUACCAAUUUUGACGAACUGUUCUAAUACGAUAUAUGAUAAUAUAAGUGAGAUUUGUGCUGGGUAUCCAACGGGUGGUCGAGAUGCUUGUCAAGGGGACAGUGGUGGUCCUUUAUUAUGCAUGAAUCCAUCGGUGGAUUUGUCUUAUUACGUAGCUGGUAUAGUUAGUCAUGGGGAAGGUUGCGGUCGUCCAGGAAAACCUGGCAUUUAUACCAAAGUUUUCUACUUCCUCGAUUGGAUCAAAGACAUUUCUGAAGGGCGAAUGACGAAUCGUAUUAGAGGUACACCUUUAGUCAAAUGUCCGGGUUUUAGUUGUAAGGAUGGAAAAUGUUUGCCAAGUAAUCAACAGUGUGAUCAAAAGAUUCAUUGUUUGAAUGGCGAAGAUGAAGAAAAUUGUAAUUUUUGGCUGGAUUCGCAAUUAUUUAAAACAUCCGCUAACGAAACUGAUAAGUAUAUUAUAAACAACGAGAAUGAUAAUGUUGUUACUGAUGGAUCGAUGAUUAAUGAAACUACGAUCGAAAGUUCAUCUACAGAAGCUGCAUCAACUACGGAAAAUAUUGUAUUAUCGUCAUUGAUAACAACUUCAUAUACUGAUAUUACAGAACAAACUUCUACCUCGGCUACCACAGAGAGUUCUGCUUCUUUUGUAUUUACGUGCCAACUAUUACUUCAAAACAUACAUAUAAGUAAACGCUGUGACAAAAUUAUCGAUUGCGAGGACGGAACCGAUGAAAUAAAUUGUACAUGUAAAGAUAUUUUAUCUGUAUAUCAACCAGAAGCAAUCUGCAACGGAUACGUUGAUUGUCAAGAUAAAACCGACGAAAAUAAUUGCAACAUAUGCUCGGAUGAUCAAUUUCUUUGUAGUCAAAGUAAAACUUGCAUACCAAUGUCGAAGAAAUGCGAUACGAAAUUCGAUUGUCCUUUGAAAGAAGACGAAUUGGAUUGUUUCACAUUGAGUAAUGGAGGAGUGGUGAAUUUGGACAAUGACGGGAGACCAAUUUUAAACGUCGAGGGUGUUCUCACCAGGAUUCAAUAUGGAACAUGGCAUCCAACUUGUCAUAUUCCUAUAAAAGUUCGCAAUCAAUCAUCGUCUGUACUUAUUGCUAACAAUAUGUGCGAUUAUUUUGGAUUUAAGGAUGUUGAUAAAGUCGAAGAAGUUACGAUAUUGAACAUUGAUAUUGAUACGAAUGUUAUAAACGGAACCGACAAAUCUUAUUACCGGUCUAUGCCGACGUACGUCGCUCCUAGCGAAAUCCUACCAACUUGUCUAGGUCUUAACAUUCGUUGCAGACCGGUUCCAAGUAGUAGCAUAAAUGUACACUUGCUUCUCGAUCCAGUAACCGGAAAUCGUACUUUUACCUGGCCGUGGUUAGCUGCAAUAUUUGUUGAUGGUCGUUAUCAAUGUUCAGCAAUUCUUUUAGAACCAAAUUGGCUAUUAUCCAGUUCAGCAUGUACCAAGAAUAUCAGAUUAUCAGAAAAUUAUACGAUAGCAAUGUUGGGUUAUUCCCCAUCGUUUAUUUACGCGGAUGGACCUUAUCAACAAAUAUCGAUAGCAGAUGAUAUCAAAGUUUUAAAUGACACUGGUGCAUCUUUGAUUCAUUUGAAGACGCCAGUCAAUAUGACGCGUCAUGUGCAAGCAUUGUUCCUUGAAAAAAGAAUUUAUCCACCAAGUACUAAAGAUAAUUGCAUAGCUGUAGGAACAGAUAAUGAUUUUACAAUACAUUCGAUUAUUUUAAGACCGGUAUUAAAAAAUUGUCAAAAAUGUCAUCGUUGUUUUGUGAAUGCUCCGAAUAAUUCUUGUAAGACAAAUAACACGUCAAACGAUUGGAGCGGAGUAGUAUUUUGUCGUGGAAUUAAAGGCUGGUAUCCAUCGGCAGUGUUUCACGAAAAAAAUGCACCUUGCACUUUUCAACAAGUGCAAGCUUUGACAAGCAUUGAUUACCUAAAUGCAUAUCUUACUCAAGCGAUGGAGGAUAAAAUAAAAUCAUACAAAGAACCUAUAUGCGACGGUAUUCGUUGUAAAAUUGGCCAAUGCGUUCCUUGGCACCAAACUUGCAAUGGGAUUCAAGAUUGUCGAGACGGUUCCGAUGAGGAACUUAAAAAUUGUUUAGUAUCAAGGGAAUUACGUCAAAGGAUUCAAAAGGAAAAAUGUACUGUAUCAGAGUUACGUUGUGAAAAUGGUGAUUGCGUACAUAAAAAAAAAUUUUGUGAUGGAAAAAUCGAUUGCAUUGACGGAAGCGACGAAAUGACAAAUUGCAGUUGCGCGAGUUUUUUGAAAUUGACAUCGCCAGAACGUCUUUGCGAUGGUAGACGAAAUUGUUUGGAUAAAACGGACGAAUCACCGAUGAUAUGUCCCUGCAAUGAUAACAGUUUCAGAUGUCCUGGACCGAAUGCCACCGAAAUAUGCAUACCACAAGAAUUUGUAUGCGACGAACAACAGGAUUGUCCUGGUAAUGAGGAUGAAAUAAUAUGUAAAAAAAUAAGACCGUUUAAGAAAAAUACAUCUGGUAUUGGAGAAGUAAUUCAAAGAAAUUUCGGUGUCUGGCAUUCGUUAUGUUAUCCAACUCCAAUAACCACUAACGAGGAUGCAUCGAAGAUCUGUGAAUCAUUAGGUUACGUAUCUGGAACACUAGCGCCGAUACAAAACGAUACCGUACCGAUGGUUCCAAUUUACGAUGAAUUUUAUAUAGUUAGGGUAAAUUAUCAAACAUGGUACGCAAUGAGAUCCGAUAAACCUUUAGUAGAAUUGUCAAAUUCACCACAAAUGCCUUGUCACCGUGCAUUCGUUUCUUGUAAUUCGUAAUAGAAUGCUAUUACAUAAUUUAAACU